CAGUCCCCGCUGCAGUUCACUGCGUUUCCGUAGCCAGCUUGCUACCCGCUGAGCCCUGGCUGCUGGGGGAAACAGCUCACGGAAACGACCGAUCCCGAUCGAAUAACGCCAAAGCUGGCCACCUAAAUGGCGGAUUGACACUUAUGUCGGAAAGGACUCGCUAAAUCCAUGUUCCUCACUAGGGUGCUUUCGGGUAGUGCGCUGGCAACACCCUCCGUAACAUGUGAGAUGUAUACAGAAAGAUAUUAACUGUGCGUUAUUUCGGCUAACUAGCUAGCAGCUACCCCCUCUCUAUCCAAUAUAUGGUAGCUGGCUCGAUCCGUCUUUUCAACCGUCGCGUCCGUACCGGAGGAAAAUGAAGAAGUUUAACAUUCGGAAGGUGCUGGACGGCUUGACAGCGACGUCCUCCUCCUCGUCCGCCGCCGCUCAGCCGGGUGCUCCCAGGGAAAACGAUGCUGUCCAGGAGACUCUCCAGUCGGAGCAUUUUCAGCUUUGCAAGACUGUGCGUCAUGGCUUCCCCUAUCAACCAUCCUCAAUGGCUUUUGACCCCGUGCAGAAAAUCUUGGCCGUCGGGACUCAGACUGGAGCUUUGAGGCUCUUUGGCCGUGCCGGUGUGGAGUGCUACUGUCAGCAUGAGAGCGGUGCGGCUGUCAUCCAGCUCCAGUUCCUGAUCAACGAGGGGGCGCUGGUGAGUGCCUUAGCUGAUGACAGCAUCCAUCUGUGGAACCUGAGGCAAAAAAUCCCAGCUAUCCUGCAUUCUCUCAAGUUCAACAGGGAGAGAAUCACAUACUGCCACCUGCCCUUCCAGAGCAAAUGGCUUUACAUCGGCACAGAAAGAGGAAACAUCCACAUUGUCAACGUGGAGUCCUUCACCCUCUCAGGCUACGUCAUCAUGUGGAACAAAGCCAUCGAACUAUCCACCAAGACACACCCAGGGCCUGUUGUGCACAUCAGUGAUAACCCCAUGGAUGAGGGAAAGCUUCUGAUUGGAUUUGAGUGUGGGGUAGUGGUGUUGUGGGAUUUGAAGUCCAAGAAAGCUGACUACCGCUAUAAUUAUGAUGAGGCGAUCCACUCAGUCGCCUGGCACCAUGAGGGUAAACAGUUUGUUUGCAGCCACUCAGAUGGCACUCUGACCACAUGGAAUGUACGAGCCCCGGCCAAGCCUGCACAGAUCAUCACACCACAUGGAAAGCAGCCUAAGGAUGGAAAAAAGCCAGAACCAUGCAAGCCUAUCCUGAAGGUGGAGUACAAAACAACGAGGGCUGGGGACCCAUUCAUGGUCCUGUCUGGAGGUCUGUCUUACGAUACAUUGGGGAGGAGAGCCUGUCUGACUGUGAUGCAUGGAAAGAGCACUGCCGUCCUCGAGAUGGACUACCCCAUUGUAGAUUUCCUAACGCUGUGUGAAACCCCAUAUCCAAAUGACUUUCAGGAGCCUUAUGCUGUGGUGGUCCUGCUCGAGAAGGAUUUAGUUGUAAUAGAUCUCGGACAGAUUGGGUACCCAAUAUUUGAGACUCCAUAUCCUUUGACUAUACAUGAGUCACCGGUGACUUGCUGUGAGUACUUUGCUGACUGCCCUGCUGAACUUAUACCUGCACUUUACUCCAUUGGCAGUCGGCAAAAGAGACAAGGUUACAGCAAGAAGGAAUGGCCAAUUAGUGGGGGAAACUGGGGCCAAGGCACACAGAGUUACCCAGAGAUCAUAAUCACAGGACAUGCUGAUGGGUCGAUCAAAUUUUGGGAUGCUUCCGCAUUAAUGCUUCAAGUGCUGUACAAGUUGAAGACCGCCAAGGUUUUUGAGCGGGCUCGCAGUAAGGAGGAGAAGCCAAGUACAGAUAUAGUAGAAGAGGACCCAUUCGCCAUCCAGACCUUGUCCUGGUGCCCUGAGAGCAGGAUGCUCUGUGUGGCAGGUGUGUCUGCCCACGUUAUCGUCUAUAGGUUCAGCAAGCAAGAAAUCACCACUGAAGUUGUGCAGCUUUUGGAGGUGCGGAUGCAGAGUGAAUUUAGCGAAGUGGAUUCCCCUGAUCCAGGGGGGGAGCAGACGCCGACUCUGCCAACCCCGGGAGCUCCCCCCAGCCCUCAGGAGACUGAAGUGCCCACCCAGCCUUCCACAGGCAACAGCUCCUCUGACGGACCCCGGGACAAUAUACCAUGCCUGCAGGUGCGGAGCUCCCCGCUGAAGCAGUCUCCGGGCUACCAGGUGGAGCUGGUGAUCCAGCUGGUGUGGGUGAGCGGGGAGCCACCUCAGCAGAUCACCAGCCUGGCUAUCAACUCCUCCUACGGCCUCGUGGUGUUUGGAAACAGUAAUGGCCUGGCUGUGGUGGACUACCUCCAGAAAACUCUGCUCCUCAACAUGGGCACAUCAGAGCUGUAUAGCCCAUCUGACCCCUACCAGAGGCAGCCUCGCUCCCCACGCAAAGCACGACAGCCCUCUGGAGCACUGUGCGAUUCCAACGAUGGAUCUAACACCUCAGAGGACCGCUGCAAAUCACCUACGUCAGGAUCUACCUCACCAUGCAAUUCAGACGAUGAACGAAAACAGAAGUUCAUAGAGAAGGUGAAGUUCAAAAGCAGACGCUUUUCCAAGACGGUUGCCAAUGACUUUGCCAAGAUGUCACGGAAAAUUAGCUCGACUAGUGAGCAAAAGCCAGACCUGGAGGAGAGGUCCCAACGAUGGCGCUCUCUCACAUGUAAGACGCACUUUUAUUGUAUGAACAAAGGCAAGGCAGCAGACAGGAUGAGCCAGAAGGCGGACGUAUGUAGAACUAAGUCAGCCCCUGACUCCUAUGCCAAGGAUAACUCAUUCACCCGCUCGCGUAGCUCGAGUGUAACCAGCAUAGAAAGAGAAUCUCGAGAGGCCAUCUCCUCCUUUCACUUCUGUGAGAGUUAUCCCAGGAAGACGGACAGCGUGGUCGGUCCCGGUGUGCUGGUGGGAACCACCCAGGGCUCUGUGAUGAUGGUGGCCCUCAGCCUGCCGCCUGGUGGGGACCAGAGGCAACAGCAGCCAGUCGGCAUCUCCUCCUGCGGCACUCUAGUCAGACUCAAAGGAGGCAUUUUGACGAUGGCCAUGCUGGACUCCACUGGAACUCUGCUGCCCCCAUCCUACGAGCCAUGGUAUGACCCAAAUGCCUCAGAUGAGGAGAAGGAGAAGAGCCGGAGGCGCAGGCCAGCCUCCCCUCCCUCAUCACAAGAGGGUCAAGACUCCCAGUUUGCUGUGCUGUGCUCGGAGAAACAGGCCAAGGUGGUGGCAAUGCCCUCUCAAACCUGCAUCUACAAACACAACAUCACAGAGACCUCCUUCGUGCUCAGGGCUGAUGUUGUGCAGAUGGCCGGAGCUAACUUCAUCGCCUGUUUCUGUGCUAAUGGGCACAUCAUGACUCUGAGUUUGCCCAGUCUACGGCCUCUGCUGGAUGUGAACUACCUGCCGCUGACGGACAUGCGGAUAGCCAGAACGUUCUGCUUCUCUAACCUAGGUCAAGCCCUGUACCUCACCUCUCCCACCGAGAUCCAGAGGAUCACCUACAGCCAGGAGACCUGUGACAACCUGCAGGAGAUGCUCAGUGAGUUAUUUACCCCUGUGGAGACACCAGAGGCUCCUAACAGAGGUUUCUUCAAAGGCCUUUUUGGUGGAGGAGCUCAGUCUCUGGACAGGGAGGACCUCUUUGGUGAAACAACUGCUGGUAAGGCCUCCCGUAGCCUGGCCCAGCACAUCCCUGGCCCAGGCAGCAUGGAGGGCAUGAAGGGUGCAGCGUCUGGGGUUGUGGGUGAGCUGGCCCGCGCCCGGGUAGCUCUGGACGAGAGAGGGCAGAAAUUGGGUGAGCUGGAGGAGAGAACGGCAGCCAUGAUGGCCAGCGCAGAGUCCUUCUCCAAACAUGCCCAUGAUAUGAUGCUGAAGUACAAAGAUAAAAAGUGGUACCAGCUCUGAUGGCAGCGUGGAGAGCAUCGGACUCUGUGAUCACGCAUACCAGUAUCUCUGAGGAGCUGCAGGUCCCUCCUCUUCUCUUCUCUAUUUCUCUCCACGGGGGGUUCUGCUCAACAGACUCAUGCUUUUAUUCUCAGCACAAUAUCAUACACUCUGCAUAACUUCAGUCACCGGAGGACUGCUGCGGAGUAGACACUGGUCGCCCCAACGUAAUGAGAAUGGAAAGAAAUGGAAGAAGAGAAGCUCUUAGGAAUCUCUCUUUCAGUUUCACCAGAGAGCACAGAUGUUCACAUAACAUCUGUCCCCAGAUCAAGAGAGAGAGGACCUUUCAUAUCCAUCAGUCAUGCACUCAUAUAUAUCUCAUAUAUAUAUCUACACACCCUGCUGUUUUGUUCUGAAAGAGGAAAGACAAUUCUGCAAAACAUGUACUUGUGGUGGCCUAAUUGCAAUUGUUCUCUUUUCCUUUUUCUGCCCUUUAUGGUGUCUGCCAAACACAGUGGACUUAAAUGAGGAGAAAGGUCUGAUAACCCGUUGUCCUUCAAAUCUGAUCAAGUCAGUGAAGAUGUUGGUUUCUAUAGGAAUGAUUGAAUCAGUGAAGGUCUUGAGUCGGUUUGUUUUUCUUGUCAAUUAUUUUUAGGAGUUUGACAUCUGUCCUUUUGUCAGUCUGUUUUUGUCAUGAUUGUCCAAAAAAAGGGCCUUUCAAGCACUUAGAACCGUGAAAAAAAUGGACAGGGAGAUGAUGAAUCUAUUGCUCCUCACCAAAUAAGGGCUGGUAGUAAACUAGUUCAUCACCGACCACUCCUUUUAGAGCUUUUUCCAACCAAGUUGCUUUAGUUGAGAAGGAUAAAUGGCUUUUUUUCUGAGAGUCACUUUGUUUUUAUUUUAAAGUUGAUUAUUUAUUGGAACAGUAUGAUAAAUAGCAAUUAUAGGAGUUUGUAUGUUGGGCAUUUUUUUUUUUUUCCUUUGUCAAUUAAAUGAGCAAAAAAGCGCUGAAAAUGUUUACCCCCGAUGAAGAGUUUACAUUGAUCUAUCAGAAGAAUGAAGAGUAGAUACACUGGAAAACUCCUGAAGGUCUUUAUAUUCUUCUAGCUUUCAAGGGGCUGUAGCUAAAUCACGUAUGAGAAGGAUGAUGUGUUGAAGGGCAAGACAAAGAUUGUCCUUAAUAUAAUUAGCAUAAAUGUAUAUUUUGGUUACAAUUUUAAGUUUUUUGUGAUAAAGAUUAUAUCUAUACAUGAUUCUUCAAAUUUCUUUUGUUGCAUUCGGUCAUAGCUGAAGUUAAUUUUUGUCUUGUUUCUCAGUGUGUAGGGAAAAAAGCAUGUGUCUCUUACAGCACAGUUGAAAUGGUAAUGCUGUCUUUGUAUUUGUAGCUGCCAGUAGAAAUGACCAAGCACCACAGAGUGUUCCACACAGUGCCAUUGGUCAUCUCUCUCCGAACCAUACGGUUAAAAACUGGUUGUCUUCUGCCUUUGCCUCAUGAUGCAUAUAUGCUAACCUCUACCUAUGUGUAUAUCUGUGCGUUUGUGAACAUACAUAUAUUCAGGAAUAUGUGUAUGGGCGCCAAUAUUUAUAAUACUACAUAGAUACAGUGUAUUACAAUAGGUCUUUUGAGGUUUUUGUUUUUGCUUGACAGUGUUUUUCAAUGUGAUUAACUAGAAUUCUUAUUGUAAUUAGAUUUUUUUUUUUUUUUCAUGAGGUGCAAGGAUAUGCUGCUAUUUGUGUCAAUGUAGGAGCAUUAUCUUUCGGUCUUUUAUUUUGAAAAGAGAGACGAGACUUUUGUCAGUCCAGAUUGCUGCCAAAUUGUGUAAAUAAUGGGACAGCUGGACACAAAUCUGACAGUGCAGGUUGAGGCAACGUGACAUACUGUACGCUUGCGGCCAUGUUCUUUUCCGACACCAAAGAGUUGCUUAAUUUCACAGAGUUGUCUUGAUUUUUCCAAAUGGUAAGAGUCAGUCUGGAUACCUUGGACAGCACUAUGAAGUCAAGAAGUCUCCUGUGUGUAGGGGCGAAAGUAGAUUGGCUUUAGCUUCUUCUUAUGGGCAUGACACCCUCAUUACUGUCCAAAACUGCUGUACCUAUGUUCAGAGGACAGGCAAAGUGAAUUUGAAGAGUUUCAUUCCUAAAUGAGAUAUCCACCAAAGAUAAUCAUGUAACACAGACUAAUGGAAAAUGCAUGAAGUUAAACUUAAGCGAUACUGUGAGAGGUUUUGAGACCUUGUCUUAGAUUUAAGAGUAUAAAAUCAUGUACACUUAGGAGAUUAUGAGUUAUCAGUUAGACCAAAAAUGUUUCCUCCAAGACGGAUAUACAGCAUUUUGGAAUAAAACCCUUCACUUUUAGCUGGCUGAUUUAAAAAAAAAAAAAAAAAAAAAUCUACUUUAUACUACUGAGAUAAACCCAUUUGAAAGGGCAGUUAUGUGGGUUUUGCACUAUUUUUUGUACUUAACAUAAUUUUGUUAGUAUGAUUUCAAUGUGUUCAUUUUUUCGUGUCCCAUUUUCUUAUUUUUGAAAGGACCAAAACAUGACAGAACCUAUGCUUAUCUAUGUCAUUUGCCAAUUAUGCUGAUUGCUUCACUCUCAGAUUUGUUUUCAAUGUCAGGUUAAUGAUACUAUGAUAUAUUUAUAUAUUUGAAAACAAAUAUAUAUAUACUUUUAAUUUCAAGAGUUAUUGAAAACGAAUACCUUUAAUGUAAUUUUUUGGAUAGAAUAACUCACAUUAAUGUCCAAACAAUGGUUGUGCAUAAUUAUCCAUCAUCCAGACAUGACAAUAAACAUUUCUGGUUCUGUAUUGAACAUGCUCAUCUCAGAUUCAAGCUUUGCUACUGCAGGAGGGUCAUCUUCUCUCGGUUGGCCACCCGGUCUCUCUGCAAAGUUUGGGCUCGGCUUUAAAGUGCUUCAGUUUGCAACAUAUAUGUCCUAAGUGGUCUCUUAUUGCACAUUGAAGGAUGCAUGAUAUUAAGUGUUUACAAACUUGAAACGACCAUGUAUUAUCCCUUUUAGAGAUUGUCUGUCUGUUCUGGCAUUUGUAUUUACCACCAUGUUGAUCAAACCUGAAGUUCUCGUCACACAUCAGGCGAGUGUCCCAUUUUCGUUUGAUCAUGCCAGUUGUAUAAGUGUGAGAGAUUAUAUUUAUUUUAUUGGUACAUCCGUUUAUGUUAGUGUUCUGCUUCAUGAAAACUCUUGCUUUCCCUGCGCUGUAAAAAUGCAUUGAAAUUGAAGCUAGGCUCACAGCACCGUGCAGGAGAGCUCAAGGGUUUCUCAGUCGCCAUACUUCCAUCCAUCUGUCUUCUGGGAUGAAUAUCUGUGGAGUUGCAGUAUUUUCUCAUAGUAGGCAAUUUUUGUACAGUUUUAUUAAAAUAAAUUUCACAUGGAUGUCUGACUUAAUCUGCUGCCACAAACAGUUUAGACUGUAGAUACAGUACAUAUAGAUAUUAUUGUGCAAUGGAA